CUGGCCUCAUCCUCAUGCGUGUGUGGUGCUAAUCUCGUCAUGGCUAUUAUUGGCGCCACGGGCAUCCUCGAGACUCGAGUACCAGUAAGCUGCUGGUAUGUAAGUGUUAGAACACGCCCGCUCCGCCUCCGUUCUUCUGCCUCUUACCGUGCGGAUGUGCAUGAAGUCUUACUUGUCUUACUCCACUUUGCCACCAUGACUCCAACUACGAGAAAAUCACUUCUCGUCGCCCUCGCGUUAAGCACGUUUCCUCAUGCUUCGUUGGGUCUUGCCGUGCACGGGCCGGAAUCCCCCACUACACCGGGUUCAGAAACGCUGCUAGUCGACUCAUUGGCAGCAACGUGCAACUUCGUUCUCGGGAGUCUCAGGUUUGACCUAUGUCCGCUCGUCCAUGGACCAGCGCGGAUGAUUAAGGAUACUCGAGGAUCGCACAAGAGGUCGUAUGAACUUACUCUCUCAGGUUAGGGAGGAGGCGAACAAGCUAGAGGGCUGGAAUGUCCGGUAGGAACGUGGGUUUGUUUGACAGAAUAUAGUGCUUCUCCCGAGAGUAAUCCAUUACUAUCUGUACCGAUCGCUGGCGAGGGAUACAACGCCCACAUAAAUACCGAAGAAGGGGUUGAGAUAUCGUUACAGCAACGAAGAGAAGGCGAUGAUGAUUCAGUUUUAAUUCGCAUGGGAGGGAAUCGAGAUGACACAUCUACAGAGGCGAUCAUAGAUCUGCAAUGUGGCUCGGGAGAAGAGAAGGUCGAAUUCCUUAGAGCUCGGCACCGACUACACGAGUUCCGUUGGACAAGCCCUCAUGCAUGUGGGCGUGCGAUCAACGGCGCUUCCUCUUCGUCAUUGAUGAUCGACAAGUCCAACGAGAAGCCUAAGGACGGCGGAAAGAAAGACUCAGGAGAAGAGAAGUCGCCUUCAGACGAUAACGAUGACAAGCCCGAGAACGAUCGGAAUGAUGGUGAAAGGCAGAAGCAGCCUUCGGACGAUGAAGAGCCGUCGAAGAAGAAGCCAGCAGACGACAAAGAACCCCCAAAACAGAAGCCGUCUGACGAUGAUAAGAGUCCAAAGGAAGGCGAGGAUGGCAAGAAGCCCUCGGGCGGUGGUGGGGACAAGCCGUCCAAGGAGCCGACAAAGGAGCCGCCGGCCAAGGCGCCUUCGAAGGAACCCCCGAAUGAAAAGCACCCAGACCACAGUCGCCACGCGCCCACACCCACCGCUACCGUACCGGCAUCUCGCCCCUCGAGUCUGCCUUCCAAAGACAAGGACAGCGGGAACCCCAUUCCUCCCCCGAGCAAGGACGAAGAUCUAGAAGACGACCAGAAUCUCAAGUUCCCCGGCACCGGCCCCCAGCGCAGCAUCGCGAUCACCACUCUCACCAUUGCCUCGUUCAGCCUCGUCACCGUCGCCUGUCUCCUGUACGCGCCCCCGCGCCCGUUGCGGCGCUGGGUCCAGCGGCACCUCAAGCGACGUCAGUUCCGAGUGGGCGAGGUGCGUCUCGUCCGGUGGGCGAACGAGGAUGACGACACGUUCGGUAUGGACGAGGACGAGAUGGUCAAUGACCGGCGAGGCGAGGACGAGUACGUGUUUGACGACGAGAGCAUCCCGCUCAAGCCGAGUCCGCGCAAGUAUCGCCACGCGCACUACGGGAGUGCGAGCUGGUCUUGAUUCGUGAUUCGCUCAGGCAUGGGCGUGG